AUGGAACGGGACGUGGAGCUCCGCCGCAUCUCGAUUAUCAGUCGUACGCUUCCUGGAAACGCCAAUGAGGUUCAGAACACGACGUCGUCUCAACCUCCCGUACCUAGCAACGAUCAUAACGGCUCCGUUACUCUCAGUGGCGGCCAAGAUUGGAAGGCAACGUUGAGGCUCCCACCUCCUCAUACUCGUUAUCAGACAGCAGAUGUGACAGCUACAAAAGGAAAUGAAUUCGAAGAUUACUUUCUGAAAAGGGAUCUCUUAAAGGGAAUAUACGAGAAGGGUUUCGAGAAGCCAUCUCCUAUUCAAGAAGAGAGCAUUCCCAUUGCUUUAACCGGUAGUGAUAUUCUUGCUAGAGCCAAAAACGGCACAGGAAAGACUGGUGCUUUCUGCAUUCCAGUUCUUGAGAAAAUUGAUCCUAAUACCAAUGUUAUACAAGCCAUGAUUCUAGUUCCAACGCGAGAGCUGGCUCUUCAGACUUCACAGGUUUGCAAGGAGCUUUCCAAAUACUUGAACAUCCAGGUUAUGGUCACCACUGGCGGUACCAGUCUGAGAGAUGAUAUCAUGCGGUUGCAUCAACCUGUACAUCUGCUCGUUGGAACUCCUGGGAGAAUAUUGGAUCUUACUAAAAUGGGAGUGUGUGUUUUGAAAGACUGCACGAUGCUUGUGAUGGAUGAGGCCGACAAGCUUUUGUCUGCAGAGUUCCAACCUUCUCUAGAGGAAUUGAUACAGUUUCUGCCAGAGAAUCGUCAGUUUCUGAUGUUUUCGGCUACAUUUCCUGUCACUGUGAAGGCUUUUAAGGAUCGGCAUCUCCGGAAACCAUACGUUAUCAAUCUCAUGGAUCAACUCACGCUAAUGGGAGUCACACAAUAUUACGCUUUUGUUGAGGAGAGACAGAAGGUUCACUGCCUCAACACACUUUUCUCUAAGCUGCAAAUAAACCAAUCGAUAAUCUUUUGCAACUCUGCUAACCGCGUCGAACUGUUGGCUAAGAAAAUUACAGAACUCGGUUAUUCGUGCUUCUACAUUCAUGCGAAGAUGGUUCAAGACCAUAGGAAUAGAGUGUUCCAUGAGUUCCGCAAUGGUGCUUGCAGAAAUCUCGUUUGCACUGAUCUGUUUACUCGUGGAAUUGACAUUCAAGCUGUGAAUGUAGUGAUUAACUUUGAUUUUCCGAGGACAUCUGAGUCGUAUCUACACAGGGUGGGCCGAUCAGGACGGUUUAGACACCUUGGCUUGGCUGUGAAUUUGGUAACAUAUGAGGAUCGUUUCAAAAUGUAUCAGACUGAGCAAGAACUUGGCACUGAAAUCAAACCAAUUCCUUCUCAUAUCGAUCAAGCAAUCUACUGUCAGUAAACCUGUAACCGCACGAGAAAUGCUUCCACCUGACAGUGUUGAUGAAAAUGGUGUUUCUCAAGCUAUAUUAGGAGAUGAGGGAACUGAUGCUUGGCGGUUUAUGUAAAGACGACUCGUUACAGAUAUGAACCAGUGCGGUUUGGUUUCUAAUCUUUCUCUAGACUUUGUUUCGGUGGUUCUAAUGAAAUUUGUUAACGUUGCUCAUUUAUCUUUGACUUGGUAGUCAAGAAAUAAUAAAGACAACAUAAGACUCGUACU